CAGAACGCGGCGCCGUCACUUCUUCGAUCGGAAGCGCGCGCUGCUAUCCCAGCCAUGGCGAGUGCUGGUGGAGCCGUAUUGGAGCUCCAGAAAAAUUCAGGCAGUUGGGCCAAGGUUGUGGAAGAAGUGGUGAAGAUGGAGAGGAAGAUAUUCCCGAAGCACGAAUCACUCGCCAGAUCAUUCGACGAAGAGCUCAGGAAGAAAAAUUCCGGGCUGCUCUACAUAGAAAUCAACGGCGAGGUUGUGGGCUACGUCAUGUAUUCUUGGCCUUCUUCACUGUCCGCUUCCAUCACCAAGCUCGCAGUGAAGGAAAAUUGGAGGAGGCAAGGACAUGGGGUGGCGCUUCUGGUAGCGGCGAUUCAGAAAUGCAGGACGAGAAGCGUGCAACGGGUGUCGCUUCACGUUGAUCCCUUGAGGCUGGCUGCUGUGGGACUAUACAAGAAAAUGGGGUUUCAAGUGGAUACCUUGGUGCAAGGUUAUUACUCGUCGGACAGAAGCGCCUACAGAAUGUACCUGGAUUUCGAUUCUGAGUAG